UAUAACGGAACGUUAAACUGAUGAAGUCAUCCCUUGUCAAAAUUUGUGAUAAUUUAUGUCAACAAAACAAAUUUGUUUCUAAAAUUACAAAGAAUUCAUUUAAUUGUACGAAAUGGGUCUUUUUGGGAAAUCUCCGGAGAGAAAUCCAAAAGAAAUGGUGAACGAGUGGUCUCACAAACUACGGAAGGAGGGAUAUAAUUUAGAUAGACAAAUAAGAAGUAUACAAAGAGAAGAAGAUAAAAUCAAAAGAUCUCUAAAAGAAGCCGCAGCUAAGAGUGAUAAGCAAGUGUGCACGAUACUGGCUAAGGAGAUCAUCAGGUCUAGGAAGGCAAUCAGUAAAAUCUACACCAGUAAGGCGCAUCUUAACUCUGUUCAGAUGCAAAUGAAAAAUCAAUUAGCCACAUUACGAGUUGCUGGGUCUUUGCAGAAGUCCACUGAGGUGAUGCAAGCAAUGCAGGCACUAGUCCGCCUGCCGGAAGUUGCCGCCACGAUGCAGGAGCUUAGCAAAGAGAUGAUGAAAGCUGGCAUCAUCGAGGAGAUGUUGGAUGAGACCAUGUCCAGCAUGGAAGAUGAAGAAGAAAUGGAGGAGGCGGCGCAGAGUGAGGUUGAUAAGGUGCUAUGGGAGCUAACGCAAGGCAAGCUGGGCGAAGCUCCCGCCCCUCCCACAGCCGUCGCCGCGCCCUCCACAAGCAAGGAGGAGGAGGACGUCCCCGAGCCCACCGAGAGCGAACUGGAUGAGAUGCAGUCACGCCUGCAAGCGCUGCGCUCUUAGUACAAAUGUAAAUCCACCGAUUGUCGGAGAUCAGAUAUAGGAAGGCUACCUCAAGCCAUGGCGGAGUUGACAAAUGCCUUAAGAACAAUGUAAAUAUCGUUGUUGUAUGUAUAUGUAAUUAAGUUUGUACGCCGUACGAGAGAUUUACAACUAAUUCAUAGUUAUUAUUAUUGUUUUAAUAGCGCUAUUUGUAUAACUGAGAUCGAAUAAACUUUUUUGGAAGAUGUUGAUUGUUAUGCAGUUGCAUUGAUCAGGGGUAAACAAUGCUAGGUUUUUUUGAGUUUUGGGUACUAAAUUUGUAUUCAGGAAUAUGCGUUAGAUGUAUGUCAUAGUAGAAACCGUUUAGUUUAUAAUUGCACUGAAAGGUUUUUGGGCUUUUUACAUCGAGAAAGUCACCUUCAGAUGAAAAAUCUUACCAUAGCUAUUCAUUUAUGAAUGAUUGAUAGCAAUGACAGAGCUAAUUUUUUUCAGUUAUUCUUUUGAAUUCAAAAAUCAUCUCGUUUUGGCCUUCACGCAAUAUAAAAUUUUUAGUAGAUAUUGUGUUCAAUAAAUUGUUGUCUCUUUGCACAUGUAUUGUAGUAAUAAACAUUUUCUAUUUAUUUACUACAAAUACACUGUUGUCAGUUUAUAGGUAAUGUAACGCGGAUAUAUGUAACUUUUAUUACUGGCUAAAAUCAAAAACGCCUAGGAGCCUACUAGUAUGUAUCAUUUUGCACAAUUGUAAUUUCAAGCAACUAAAAUUACUGACCAAUAAUUAUGUGAUUUCAAAUUUAAAACGCCGGAAGACGCUGGAUGCAGGUCGCCUCCAACAGGUAUCUGUGGAGAUCCAAGGGGGAGGCCUAUGUUCAGCAGUGGACGUCCUAUGGCUGAGAUGAUGAUGAAAUUUAAAACGACUAUGACCAUAGUUAUUCGAUAUGAAACGAUUUCGUACAUUGAAUGCGUGCAUUAGCGUUAUAAGUUCAGUUGUGAUAUACUUAUAAUUUUAUAGCUUUUAUAACGCUAGAGUAUUGUAUAGUGAGCGAGAGCUUCCGAAAUGUUUUUAUGUCUACUUCAGUUAUUGAAUAAAAUGCACUAACUAUUA